AAACUUGGACCGCAUAUUUGUGGACCGCUUGGAGCACAUCUUCAUUAUGGGUGCUCUGGUCUGACUUCGCUCCAAUUAAAGAAACCGAUAUGAGAAUCGGAUUUCCCAGAUGGGUCUGUUCUUGCUGCUUCUUCUUGGGUCUUUUCCUUGUUGAUUCAAAAACUCACACAUCAUUUCAUGAAGAAGUCAUAAAAAGAUCAGAUUUCCCAGAUGGGUUUCUGUUUGGAGUCGCUACUUCAGCCUACCAAAUUGAAGGGGCAUAUCUUGAAGAUGGUAAAAGUCUCAACAAUUGGGAUGUGUUCGCUCUUUCCCCAGGCAACAUUGAAAAUGGCGACAAUGGAUUCAUAGCUGAUGAUCAUUACCAUCGAUAUCUGGAAGAUAUUAACAUAAUACAGUCACUUGGUGUAGAUGCUUACCGCUUCUCUAUAUCAUGGUCAAGAGUUCUUCCAAGAGGAAGAUUUGGGGAUGUUAAUCCAAAUGGGAUUAUGUUCUAUAACAAAAUCUUGGACAAUCUCUUACUCAGAGGAAUUAGACCAUUUGUAAUAAUUUACCAUUACGACUUCCCCCAAGUACUUGAAGAUCGAUACGGGUCUUGGCUCAGCCCGUUAAUGCAGAAAGAUUAUGUGCACUUUGCAGAAACAUGUUUCAAGAACUUUGGUGAUCGAGUGAAGGAUUGGUUCACUAUGAAUGAGCCAAAUUUGUUUACACAAAUGGGGUAUGAGAAAGGAACGUAUCCACCCUCUCGUUGUUCACCACCUUUUGGCAAUUGUUCAUCUGGAAAUUCCGAUAUUGAGCCUUUAAUUGUAAUGCAUAACAUGUUAUUGGCACAUGGAAAAACAGUGAAGCUAUACCGAAGAGAUUAUCAGCAUGAACAAGGUGGAUCAAUCGGGAUUGUUGUAGAUUGUUUCAUGUAUGAGCCUCUAACAGAUAAUGAUUUUGAUCAAGAAGCCGCUAACAGGAUCUUGGCUUUCAAUAUCGGCUGGGCAUUGGAUCCACUAUUUUUAGGUGAUUAUCCAUCUGAAAUGCGCAAGUAUCUUGGAGAUCAACUUCCAAGAUUUUCUAGUGACGAAAGGAAGUUUAUGAAAGAUGGAAUUGACUUUAUAGGAGUCAACCACUACGCUACUCUAUAUGCAAAAGAUUGUAUUCAUUCUAUUUGUAGUUUAACCGGAAGUCGAGCAAUCCAAGGUUUUGUGGAUGCAAGUAAAGAGAGAGAUGGUAUUCCGAUUGGUGCGCCGACAGGAUUGGGAUCAUUGCGUGUAGUUCCAAGAGGCAUUGGGGAAGUGAUAGACUAUCUAAAGAAGAGAUAUCACAACAAACCCAUGUUUGUUACUGAAAACGGGUAUUCUGAUCCGAAAGUUAAUGAUCAAGUUCAAAAUAUACUUCAAGACUUCGAUCGAAUAGAAUUUCAUAAAAUGUACAUGUCGUCUUUGGCCCAAGCGAUAAGGGAUGGAGCGGAUGUAAGAGGCUAUUUUGUGUGGACAUUAAUGGAUGAUUUUGAAUGGAGACUUGGGUACACUCCAAGAUUCGGAUUAUACUACGUUGAUCAUCAAACACUCAAUCGUAUCCCAAAAUUGUCUGCAAAGUGGUACCAAGAUUUCUUGAAAAACAAUACCCGGGCACUAGAAAUCCAAGAUUCAUAAAAUAUUCAAACUUUUUUAUAAUUUGCAUACGU